CUGUACAUCAAGAAGGAGGAUAAAUACGUCAGCAUGAACUCGGAUGUGGACGGUGACAAGGAAAAUCAGGCAGAGUGGGAGGAGAAGAUGAGGCUGAUAAACCAGGUCCUUGAGUUGCAACAUACACUUGAGGACCUCUCAGUAAGAGUGGAUGCUGUGAAAGAGGAGAAUUUGAAGCUGAAAUCAGAGAACCAGGUUCUGGGUCAGUACAUUGAGAACCUUAUGUCUGCAUCCAGCGUAUUCCAGACGACUGAUUCAAAGAGCAAACGGAAAUAA